ACUUAGGGUGAUUCUCAAGUAAUUCUUGCUAAGUAUUUCACGUAGUAGAAAAUGUGGAGAUAUUUAUCAAAUGGGCACUAAAAUAUGGAACAGAAAUUGCCAAAGUCCCUUGUUUAGUUCCCUGAAACUUGGCCUCUCUCACUGUAAAUGCUGCGAUUAUUUCUGUGCUGAAAUAAACUUUUGGACUUUAAAUUCUGUUUUAAUCAAGUGGGAUUGCCAUAUUUUUAGGGAAUUUGCAGUUUAAGUUGAUCUCUGAUUUUGGGGCUUCUUGGGUUCAGUGUGCUUGUACUUUGGGGUUUUUAUGGGUAUUGUAGCCCCUUCACAAAUUUGCGCAUGAACUGAGGGUCUUUCGGAAACAGCCUCUCUACCUCCACGAGGUAGUGGUAAGGUAUUAAAGGAAAAUUUUUGACUUGGAAUCCAGUUAUAAUCAAGUUGGGUUGUCAUAAUUUUGGGGAAUUAGCAGAUUAAGUUGAUUUCUUGGUUCUGGGAUUUUCUUUUUUUUUGAGUAUGGCUAGUUGUACAUCAGCUGUCUUUGUUCCUCUGGAUACUCGAUUGCGGAAUGGGGUAUUAACUGUUCUUGCAAGAAGACUUUGUCCUUUGAAAAUGCAAGAUGAGAAAAUUGGAUUCUUGGGUGUUAACCAAAAGGGUAUUUCGAGUUGGCCACAGUUCAAGUGUUCAGCUAAUUCACAUAGGUUCAAUAAUUAUCAAAGUAAAGACUCAUUUUUGAAUCUGCAUCCUGAAAUUUCGAUGCUUCAAGGUGAAGGAAACAAUACUUUCACUACCUCUAGACAAGAAAGCUCUAGUGGAAAUGUCACUGAGAGCUUAAUGGACUCAUCAAGCUUGAAGAAUUUCAAUGAGGCUAAAAUUAAGGUGGUAGGUGUAGGAGGUGGUGGAUCAAAUGCAGUUAAUCGUAUGAUUGAGAGUGCUAUGAACGGGGUGGAGUUUUGGAUUGUGAAUACUGAUAUUCAGGCAAUUAGGAUGUCGCCCGUGUUUCCUGAGCAUAGAUUGCCAAUAGGACAAGAGCUCACUAGAGGACUAGGUGCAGGUGGUAAUCCAGAUAUAGGAAUGAACGCUGCCAAAGAAAGCAAAGAGGCUAUUGAAGAUGCAGUUCGUGGUGCAGAUAUGGUUUUUGUGACUGCUGGAAUGGGUGGAGGAACAGGGACUGGUGGGGCUCCUAUAAUUGCAGGAAUUGCGAAGUCAAUGGGUAUCUUAACUGUUGGUAUUGUCACGACCCCAUUUUCUUUUGAGGGACGAAGAAGAGCAGUUCAAGCUCAAGAAGGAAUUGCAGCUUUGAGAGAAAAUGUUGAUACUCUAAUUGUCAUUCCUAAUGACAAGUUGCUGACUGCUGUUUCCUUAUCAACCCCAGUAACUGAAGCUUUUAACCUGGCUGAUGAUAUUCUUCGGCAAGGGGUUCGUGGUAUUUCUGAUAUAAUUACGAUUCCUGGACUGGUAAAUGUGGAUUUUGCCGAUGUGCGUGCUAUUAUGGCAAAUGCUGGUUCCUCGUUGAUGGGAAUAGGAACUGCUACGGGGAAGACUAGAGCCAGAGAUGCUGCAUUAAAUGCUGUUCAAUCUCCUUUGCUGGACAUCGGCAUAGAGAGAGCUACUGGAAUUGUGUGGAAUAUUACCGGUGGUAACGAUUUAACAUUAUUUGAGGUAAAUGCUGCAGCAGAGGUUAUAUAUGACCUUGUCGAUCCAAGUGCCAACCUCAUUUUUGGAGCUGUGAUAGACCCAUCAUUAAGUGGUCAGGUCAGUAUAACACUAAUUGCCACAGGUUUUAAGCGCCAAGAAGAAAGUGAUGGGAGGCCCCUCCAGGGAAACCAACUAGCACAGGGAGAUGCCAACCUUGGAAUUAACCGACGACCAUCAUCCUUCCUGGAAGGUGGUUCAGUAGAGAUCCCUGAGUUCCUCAGGAAGAAAGGAGGCUCUCGCUAUCCUAGAGCUUAAGAUCUCGAGUAUGCUUCAAGUAGUGACCGUCUCAGGGGAAAUGUUAAUUAAUCCAACGCCUUCUUAAUACAUAAAUGUUCUGCUUUUCACUAGUCAUGCCCGUAUAUAUCGCUUCUUUGGUGGUCAUUGGUAUAAGCUGGAGCUUUUUACAGCAUGCUAUGGAAGAACAAUCAGUCGAUAACCUUGUCAUACAUGAGUACACUGUUAACGAUACUUGCUGUGUCCGGGUGUGUUUGUAUGUGCACGCGCACAUGUUUUAGGAUCAAUUUUUCAUCUACAAUGUAUGUCAAAUGUGUCCUCUCUCUCUAUUGUUGUCACGUGGAAAUUUAGUGAGUUGAAGGACUAUUUUCUUCAUGACUGCAAUGAAGAGACCAAACAAGAGUCCCUAAUCUUAAAGCCAUUUUCGUUUUUAAUGAAAAGAUAAUUGAUUAUCCACCGCAAA